AUGGAAAGCCAAAAAGUCUCCAAAUCAUAUCAGGGAUUUCCAAUGAAUGGUGGAGAUGGGCAGCAAAGUUAUGCUCGAAAUUCCAUGUAUCAGCGAAGAGGAACAGAUAUUACUAAAAACAUGAUCAGAGAGACCAUUCUUGAGAAGCUAGAUCUGGAAACACUUCCGCAGAAUUCCUCUGAUACUUUUCGCAUAGCAGAUUUGGGCUGUUCAGUUGGACCAAACACAUUUUUCACUGUUCAAAACAUUAUAGACUCCGUGGGCCUUAAAUAUCAAUCUCAAGAACACAAUAAAGACUCAGUUGAAUUUCAAGUGUUUUUCAAUGAUCAUGCUGGUAAUGAUUUCAACACACUUUUGAAGUCCCUCCCUGAGGACAAGCAGUAUUUUGCAGCAGCUGUGCCUGGUUCCUUUCAUGGCAGAUUGUUUCCAGAAUCAAGCAUUCAUGUCUUCAACUCAUCUUAUACUCUUCAUUGGCUCUCAAAAGUGCCUAAAGAAAUAGUUGACAAGAACUCUCGAGCCUAUAAUAAAGGGAAGAUUUACUUUACAAGUGAAGAUGAGGCAGUUGCAGAGGCAUAUUCUGCACAAUUUGAAAGGGACCUUGAAAGCUUCCUGAAUUCAAGGGUCUUAGAACUUGUUCCUGGGGGCAUCAUGAUUCUUAUCAUUCUCUGUGUCCCACCAAAUUCCUUGAAUAGAUUCGAAGCUUCUGUAAAUAUCAUUGGCGAUGUUCUUGUGGAGAUGGCCAAUAAGUUUGAGAAGAAAUUGGCAUCAGAAUCCAACUUCCUUGCAGACCCAAGUUCCAAGGAAUUGGGAGAGUUAUUUAUAAUGAAGCGCAAAUGA